AUGCUCGCCCCACGCUUGUUGCGGCCGGCGUCUUCGCUGGUUCGCCCCUUCAGUUCCACUGCCACUGCCUCCCGCGCCCCCUCUAUCCGUGACAUCACCCCCGACUCGGCUGCUGAGUUCAACGCACGUCAGAAGGAGUUUCGCGAGAACCUAGAGGUUGCUCGCAAGAAGAGAGAACAGCAAGAGAGUCAGUCUGUCGAUGCUUCUGGUUCUACCUCUGCCCCAUCCCCUGCAUCCCGUGACCGCCUUCGUGAGUACGCUACCGCUCCCACUGCUCCAGGUGAGAGCAAUGCGAGCAGUAACAAACAUCCCGUUUUUGAUGCCGCUGAAGUUCUUGAUAAUAAGGCUUUGGGCUCACUUUCUACCCACCGUAUUAUAGGAGACGAGCAGCUGCAGGAAGCCAGUCAGUCUCCGAAGCGCGGCCCCCUGUCGUCGCUCAUCUACGGAACGAAGGAAGGCCAGCAGCUGGACAAAGAUAUCGAACGGUCAUUCUCGCAGGUUCUCGCCCGUGGAAAAUACGUACACUCCAUCGUCUUUCACGACGUGAAGCCCGAUAAAGUUGACGACUAUGUGAACCUCGUCGGCCAGUGGUACCCUCGCAUGGCUGCCGACCCUGAAAACCGGGUGAAUUUGGUUGGCAGCUGGCGCACGCAGGUUGGAGAUAAUGACACCUUUGUUCACAUCUGGGAAUAUCAGCGAUAUGAAGGUUACCAUGCUUCCCUCCACAACAUCUCCUGUCACCCUGAAUUUCCCGAAUUUGACCGGCAGUUGAAGAGCUUGAUCAAGAGCAAGAAGACGUCGCUGAUGCAGGAAUUCUCUUUCUGGCCCACGACGCCUCCACGGCGCCUGGGCGGCCUCUUUGAGCUCCGAUCAUACACUCUUCAUCCCGGAAAUCUUCUGGAGUGGGAAACACACUGGCGUCGUGGCCUCAAGGCCCGCCGGGAGGUGAUGGAGGGUGUUGGGGCAUGGUUCGUUCAAAUUGGCGACCUGAACACUGUACACCAUCUCUGGCAGUUUGCGAACCUCGAAGAGCGUAAAGUCCGCCGUGAGCAGUCUUGGGGCAUCGAAGGCUGGGGGGAAACUGUCCACAAGACGGUGCCACUUAUUCAGACCAUGCAGAGUCGGAUCCUGAUUCCCAUGCCCUGGAGUCCUGUUGGCUAAGCCGGUUCAACUCGACGAUCAUCACAUGGUCUUGAUCACGGGGUGAGUUUUCCAGGACCCAGGCAGACGGAGCCAAGCCCGAUGACUUGUGUUCCUCAACGGUCCGAGCGCCAUGAACAGAGGUGGAAUAGGAGGUAUGGGGGAUAAACAGGAGACCGAUCAAGGAUGGAGCGACUCAGCCCUGCCUACUGUUGCAGCGAAUGCCGAAUUAUGAGGCCCUCGAGCCGUCUGGGGUAGUGUACACACUCGGCACGCUGCUCAUUGUUCCUCUCACGAGCCGGCCUUGAUGCCCUUUGUGUAUCGUAUCUAGCAUUAGCAUACCUAUGUUCAAACUGACAUCUUGUUGUAUCUGUU